GGCUCUAGUUUGGUGUUAUCGGCCGCCAUGUUGCAUAAGCGCUUACGAAAAUAGAACGAAAACACGGAAGAAAUGUGACUGUUUCUUUACAACUUAUCAGUUAUAACCCUCGAUAAAUUUAGGAAAGGCAUAUUUCUUGUUAGAAAUGGCAUACAGGCUGUCAUCGAGAGGUCUAGCUCCAUUACUUAGCCGAUUCUCUCAUCGGGCGCUAAAGUCUCCCGUCCAGGUUGGCCAGAUUUCUUGCUCUACUCGGGUUUUGCUGAGUCAGACUCGACCUUUGAGUAGCAAGUUGUAUUUUCCUGCUCUCUUAACGUCACAACCUCCUAAAGGUUUUGAGAAAUUCUUUCCUUCGGGAUCAAGAAAGAGCAAUGAAAAAGAAGAUUCCAAGAGGGAUGAGGGUGGAGAAGAGGGGAGUAGUGGCGGCUCAGGUGGGGGUAGCAAGAAGCCUGGCAAGCCGUGGUGGCAGGACCUUGAGGGCCACCAGCAGCAGAUAGCUGUUGCACUGGUUCUCGCUAUCGGCGCUGGAUACCUUCUGAUGAACUCAGGCCCGCCUACCAGGGAGAUCAAUUGGCAGGAGUUCCGCACUAACUACCUGGAAAAGGGAGAUGUUGAGAAAUUGAUUGUUUCCAAUAAAAGCCAAGUGAAGGUCUACCCCAAAAGUGAUCCCCACAAUGGCGCCUUGACCUUCACCAUCGGCAGUGUUGAAAACUUCGAGCGUAACCUUGAAUCUGUACAGCAAGAGAUGAAUAUUGACCCAUCCUACUGGGUGCCUGUGACGUAUGUCAAAGAAUCUGAAUGGAUUAAGGAAGUGAUCAAAUUAACCCCAACUCUGCUGAUCAUUGGAGCUCUGAUCUACUUCAGUCGCAGAUUGUCAGCGGGUACAAAGGGCCAAGGGGGUAUAUUUGGUGUUGGACAGACCACAGCCAAAUUUUACAAUAAAGAAACUGCUGUCAAAAUGAAAUUCAAAGAUGUGGCUGGCUGUGAGGAAGCGAAGCUGGAAAUCAUGGAGUUUGUGAACUUUCUGAAAAACCCUCAGCAGUAUCAUGAACUUGGUGCCAAGAUUCCUAAGGGAGCUAUUCUCUCUGGACCGCCGGGGACAGGAAAGACCUUGUUGGCCAAAGCCGUUGCAGGAGAAGCAGGGGUACCUUUCCUGAGCAUAUCAGGCUCAGAAUUCCUGGAAAUGUUUGUGGGUGUCGGCCCUGCAAGGGUGCGAGACCUGUUUGCCCAGGCCAGGAAGAAUGCUCCCUGCAUUAUCUUUAUUGAUGAGAUUGACGCAGUAGGGAGGGCUCGUGGCCGAGGGGGGCAGUUUGGUGGCCACGACGAACGAGAGAACACCCUCAACCAGCUCCUUGUUGAAAUGGAUGGCUUCAGCUCAUCUACAAAUGUUGUGGUCCUCUCCGGCACCAACAGGCCAGACGUGCUCGACCCCGCCCUCUUGCGUCCAGGAAGAUUCGACAGACAGAUCCAUUUGCCUGCUCCAGACAUCAAGGGCAGGUGUUCAAUCUUUAAGGUUCAUCUCAAGCCUAUAAAGAAGAAUGUAGAUGAAGAGAAGUUGGCUCGUAAAAUGGCUGCCCUUACCCCAGGGUUCACAGGCGCAGACAUUGCUAAUGUUUGUAAUGAGGCUGCGUUGAUUGCUGCUCGAUACUUGGCGCCGUUUGUGGAGGAGAAGCACUUCGAACAAGCCAUUGAGCGUGUGAUUGGCGGUCUUGAGAAGAAAACUCAAGUUCUGCAGCCUGAAGAAAAGAAGACGGUUGCUUACCAUGAGGCAGGGCAUGCAGUGGCUGGAUGGUUCCUAGAACACGCUGACCCAUUACUUAAGGUUUCUAUAAUCCCACGCGGUAAAGGUUUGGGUUAUGCCCAGUACCUUCCAAAAGAACAAUAUCUCUACACCACAGAACAACUGCUGGACCGUAUGUGUAUGACGUUGGGCGGUCGCGUGUCAGAGCAGCUUUUCUUCCAGAAGAUUACUACUGGUGCACAAGAUGAUCUCAGUAAAGUCACCAAGAGUGCGUAUGCUCAGGUAGUCACAUAUGGCAUGAACUCCAAACUGGGUAAUGUCUCGUUUGACCUCCCUCGCGAGGGUGAGCCAAGCUUUGACAAGCCUUACAGUGAAGCCACGGCGCAACUCAUUGACGAGCAAGCAAGGGAACUGAUCAACAGUGCCUACGGGCGCACCACAGAACUUCUGGAAAAGCACAAGGAUGAUGUGGAGAAGGUUGCUAAGCGAUUGCUUGAGAAGGAAGUCCUUGAUCGUGAGGACAUGAUUGACCUGUUAGGGCCCAGGCCCUUCAAGGAGAAGUCUACCUAUGAGGAGUUUGUUGCGGGGACUGGGAGCGAGACUGAAGACACCUCCCUGCCCAAAGGACUUCAAGGCCUACAGAACGACGACGAACCUGAAGCCCCUGCGCCUAGCGGGACGAUACCAACAUAGUGCUGACAGAGAAAAGAUUUUUGAACUAGAAAUCAGAACUGGACGUCUGAUCUUCUUUGCAGAGCUCCGGCUUCACUUGUUUUGUUUGUUUGUUUAUUUUUUUUUGGGUCGAGAGAAUGAGCAAUUGAUACUGAGUCAUCUGUGAAGAGAGGUGUUCCCUUAGUGUUUCCUUAGUUCAGAGAGGAGUUGUAGUGCCAGCAUUCCAGUCACGUCUGUUGGAAAACCUUUGAUAUAACCUCAAAAUAGAAAAUUUCCAAAUAGGACUUCUUUCUCAAAUAGGGCCAGCCAUUUCCAGACAGGGCUGCCAGCCGAUUCCACAUAGGGCUGAGCCAUUUCCAGAUAGGGCUUAGUCAUUCCCAGACAAGGCUGAGCCAUUUCCAGAUAGGGCUAAGUCAUUCCCAGACAAGGCUGAGCCAUUUCCAGAUAGGACUAAGCCAUUCCCAGACAAGGCUGAGCCAUUCCCAGACAAGGCUGAGCAAUUCCCAGAUAAGGCUAAGCCAUUCCUGCAAAACGCCAGCCUCUACCGUAACCACCAAUCCAAUCCUAGGUUUUAGAAAGCCAUCCAGUUCUAAGCCAAGAAGGCUGUGUCUGCUUAGAAGAGCUCUCAAGUGGUAGAUAACACUGUAUCGUGACCAUGCUGUUUAUAAAUGGCCAAAGAUAAAAAUCAUUUUUGGUAAAGAAUUGAGGUCGUAAAUCAUGCUAGGCCUCUUCUAACCCCUAUCUCUAGGGUGGAGAUUCAAUCUUGUAUAAUAAAACACUAUGUAUGCUGCUUGUAAUGCAUAGUAAAUACUAUAGUUUCAGUAAACUAAAAAAAAUUAA